AUGGCCACAAGAGCUUACAUACUUAUCGAGACCAGGGUAGGCAAAGCGAAAGAUGUGCUUUCCGCACUUCGCGCCAUGGACAAUGUGGCGGAGGCUGACAUAAUCACUGGAACCUACGACCUGAUAGCGCUCGCCGAGGCCAACGACAUGUUGUCGCUGGUGGAAUUGGUAACGGCCCAGGUGCAGAACGUCGACGGCGUUGAGCGUACCAUUACCUGCGUCGCAGCCUAG